AUGGAUUGCCUCUCGAAUCUCCCUCCUGAGAUACUCUCCGGCAUCGCCGAAGCCCUUGCGAUUCCUGAUCACAACGCCAAUCUCGACUUGCGGAGCCUGGCCCACCUGACUCUAGUGUCGCCCAUACUGCAUGGCGUCGCGAACCCCGUUCUCUACAAGCAUGCCAUCCUGUGGGACUGGUAUAUGCUCUGUCCCGGCAGGUCCUGGAUGUCGGUUUCCAUCCACCCUGCAAACUCCGUUGCUAACGGCGCCAGGCGGUUUCUGCAUGGCAGUCGAGCCAUAAGCCCCCCAGACUAUCGACGGCUCUUUGGGCCUCCAAUGCCAAAAAAACUUCCCGCCAAUCGGGUAGGUGUUCUCAUGGCCGCUGCGCUCUCCGGCGAUCUCGUUCUCCUGUCUCGUCUGGUCGCCUACAUUCCGCAAGUCCUCCGACCUCUUGACACCGCACGAGUCUUGUCCGCUCCAUUCUACGUCCCCUGGAGGUGCCCGACCAAGCUCCACAUGGACCCCGAAGAUGGCCAGCCGUAUGCCACUCUCCUUCAUGCAGCCGCAAUGCGAGGCGACGAGGACAUGGCCCGCUGGCUUCUCAACCGUCGAGUAUCAAUUGACCCUAGCGCGUUGUUGGAUUGUCUCUGCCCGUCGCCUUACAUGAAUGCUAUUUGCACGACAGGCAUGUGGUCUGCCGGAGGCAGUGUUGAGCCGACAUCCCUACACUUAGCUCUCGCACACGGAAACGAGGCGAUAGCGAAACUUCUGAUCAGCAAGGGAGCUGUAUGGGAUCGGCCGCACAGCAGCUGUGGAGGUCUCACGGGGCUGCAUAUGAUGGCUGCGGGCCGCAUGGUGGAAAUGAUGGAGUGGACCAUCGACCAGUGCCACGGCCCGCUCCAAGAUACGAUUGGACGGAAUGGACCAGUUCACGACUGGCCAGACGAGGCUGGGUGUUGGAGCCUUCACUACGCUUGUUUCUCCGAGGAUGUCAAGGGGAGAAGUCAGGACAGAGAGGAAGGCGAACUUUCAGCUGUGCACAUGGUGUCCAGACUCGUAAGGCUGGGCGCGUUGGUUGAUACGACGGACCGCGCUCAAAUAGCACAGCGAGUGUCGGACGAGAGAAAACGGAUCGAGGAGGGCCCCAAGCCGCACUGGAAGUUUGACAACAGCGCUGACAUUGAAUGGGCGCAACGCAUUGGAGAUUGGAAGCACGACGAGAUUCCGAUGCCCAAGCCGGAAGUAUUUGCAGCACAGCGCAACCGAUGGCAACUUUCAUGGAUAAUCUACAGGGCGGGGUCCGUCUGA